UCUUUCUGCGCCUGUGGCCUGGGGCUGUGCUGGGGAAGCAGGUGGGCCAGCGCUGGGCUCCUGACCAGCCCGUGUGUGGGAGGAUCUCUCUGAGCACGACCUCAGCAAGCCGGCGAGGGCCGACCGGCGGGCAGGAAGGUGCUUGCGGCAGACGGAGCAGCCUGGGUCGUGUCCCUGGAAGUGGGGACCAGGCCGAGUCAGGGCACAUGAAGCCAGGGCUCUGCUGGGUUCGGAAGGGAUCUACUGAGACGUCCUCCUGCCGAGCAUUCCAGUGGAUUCUGGGCGUUUGCUGCUGUCUGGGCGGUGUGCAUAGCUACAGCGCUGAGCGCAUCCCCGAUGGCUGGCUUGCUCUAGGAGUGGCCAGCCCUCUUCCCCUUCUCUUUGAAGCGUUUCUGCCCUGGCUUCGCCCGGUUCUGGCCUCCUUGUGCACCAGGCUGGCCGUCUUUGUGGCCGGGAAGGUCCUGCUGAGGGGCCUGGCUUUCUUCUACCUUGUGGGGCCCCAUGGGGGAGGUGACAUUGUUGGGGCCAGGGGCAGGGGCUUGGCCAGCGGAGUGGGAGUGGUGGAGGGGCCCAGGCGGUGGGUGCCAGGUGGGAGCCACUGGGCCCCGAGUUUUCCUUGAAAACCCCGAGCAGCCCCUCCCCGAGGGCAGGGCUCAGCCGCGGGACCAAGGCCUACGGAGGAGAACCAUGCACUCAGGCAGGGACCCCGACCGUCAUGUUAAGGUAAAGCAGAGGGGCUCGGUGCUGAACAUGCUAAGGAGGCUGGACAAAAUCCGGUUCAGAGGUCACAGGAGAGACGACUUCCUCGAUCUAGCAGAGUCUCCAAAUGCCUCGGACACCGAGUGCGGAGAUGAGGUGCCCCUGAAGAUGCCUCGGGCCUCGGCCCGGGACAGCGAGGAGCUGAGGGACACUGCUGGUCCGGGGACCCUCAUCAUGGCUUCAGGAGUCCAGGACUUUAACCGGACAGAGUUUGAUCGAUUAAAUGAGAUCAAAGGCCACCUGGAAAUCGCCUUACUGGAAAAACACUUCUUACAGGAGGAGCUCCGGAAGCUCAGGGAAGAGACCAACUCGGAGAUGCUCCGGCAGGAGCUGGACCGGGAGCGGCAGCGGCGGAUGGAGCUGGAGCAGAAGGUCCAGGAAGUGCUGAAGGCCAGAACCGAGGAGCCGACGGCCCAGCAGCCUCCGAAGGGGCAGGCCCAGGUCAACAAUGGAGCAGACCGGCGGAGCCAGGGGCUGUGCCCCCGCGUCCAGAAGUGGUUCUACGAGAAGUUCGGGGAAUACGUGGAGGACUUCCGGUUCCAGCCGGAGGAGAGCGCCGUGGAGACGGAGGAGCCCCUCAGCGCCCGGAGGUUGACGGAAAACAUGAGGCGACUAAAGCGCGGUGCCAAGCCCGUCACCAGCUUCGUGAAGAACCUCUCUGCCUUAUCCGACUGGUACUCCGUCUACACGUCGGCCAUCGCCUUCACCGUGUACAUGAACGCCGUGUGGCAUGGCUGGGCCAUCCCCAUGUUCUUAUUUCUAGCAAUUUUGAGGUUAUCCCUCAAUUACCUCAUAGCCAGGGGCUGGAGGAUACAGUGGAGCAUCGUGCCUGAAGUCUCUGAACCGGUGGAGCCUCCGAAGGAAGACUUGACCGUGUCUGAGAAGUUCCAGCUCGUGCUGGAUGUCGCCCAGAAGGCCCAGAACCUCUUCGGCAAGAUGGCUGACAUCCUAGAGAAGAUCAAGAACCUGUUCAUGUGGGUCCAGCCCGAGAUCACGCAGAAGCUGUACGUCGCGCUCUGGGCUGCCUUCCUCGCCUCCUGCUUCUUCCCCUACCGCCUGGUGGGACUGGCCGUGGGACUCUACGCUGGCAUCAAGUUUUUCCUCAUCGACUUUGUCUUCAAACGCUGCCCGAGAUUGCGAGCCAAAUACGACACCCCCUACAUCAUCUGGAGGAGCCUGCCCACGGACCCCCAGCUCAAAGAGCGCUCCAGCACCGCCGUGUCGCGCCGGCUACAGACGGCCUCGUCGCGGAGCUGCGUCUCCAGCGCGCCCGCCGGCCUCAACAGAGAUGAGGACGCCGGUCGCCUCCACGGGACCAAGAAGGGCAGUUUCCACGAGAUCUUCAACUUGACAGAAAACGAGCGCCCGCUAGCAGUGUGCGAGCAUGGCUGGCGCUGCUGCCUCAUAAACCGGGACCGCAAGAUGCCCACCGACUACAUCCGCAACGGGGUUCUGUACGUGACGGAGAAUUACUUGUGCUUUGAAAGCUCCAAAUCCGGUUCUUCCAAGAGAAACAAGGUCAUCAAGCUGAUGGACAUCACGGACAUACAGAAGUACAAGGUCCUCUCUGUCCUCCCGGGCUCAGGCAUGGGGAUCGCUGUGUCAACGCCUUCAACCCAGAAACCGCUGGUGUUUGGCGCCAUGGUGCACAGAGACGAGGCCUUCGAGACCAUCCUCAGCCAGUACAUGAAGAUCACGGCGGCCGCGGCGGCCGGCAGCGACAGCUAGUGUCCAUCCACCCGGGACGAUGCUGGAAGGCUUUCGUUUGGAUUCUUGGUUUAUUUUUGUUUUUUUGGUUUUUUGUUUUUUAACAAUUUGAUAGUGGAAAAACAGUUGGACAUCCUCCUGAUCUUUCGCAAUAAUUCCCCUUGACCUGUGGUUUUAUUGUGUUCACGCUGCGCUUCCCGGACCCCUUCACGCGGGGGUUGCGGCCUUGGACGGCGCCCGCCCGUCCCGCAGGGGAGGCGCGUCCCACGAACACACGGACACAGAGGGCAGGGAUCCUCGGAGGCCAGCGAGAAGGAGGACACUCAGAACACGCCUGUGCCAGCCGCUGCCGAGUACAGCCGCCGUCCCGCUGCCCUGGACGGAGAGCCCGCGCCUGCCGCGCCCAGCCCUCCAGAGGCCGGAGCGCUUGCACGCUGAAGCACGGCUGUGAGCACCAGCGUCCCUCUUCCUGGGCAUGAAGGACAUCGGUGAGGAGCAGCUCGGAGGCGCCUCCGCCAACCACCCUGGGCGGGCCCGUGGGUCUCACUCCUUCCUGUAGCGAGGCCACCUACCACGCGGCCUCAAGUGGGGCCCAGGACAGGGCGCGGCUCGGUCUGGCCUACGCUCGGUGCCAACCAUCCACAGGGGCCAAGGAGCCACCAAGGCCACUGGCCAUCUGGGCCCUACUAGCCACUGGGAGGCCAGGAGUCGGCAACCCUCAUGGACAGGGAGUGGCGUGCAGGCAGAAGCACAUCUUUCACUCUCUGCUCUGGAAAGCAGACCAUCGGCCGGGGCUUUCGGGGCCCUCUGAGCGCAGGAUGCUCUCAGACGAACGUCAGCCGCAGCACGGCCAGGUGUGGCUUCGUGGUGACAGCCUCCAGGGCUGGCAGAGGGGUGCUCUGGGGCCCAGGGGCGGGAGCAGCCUGGAUGCACCGUGGGCCAGGCUGGCCGCCGGUUUGCCAUGGGAGCUGUGUGGGGCCACUCGGGGGCUCCAGCAAUGGGGAGUGACUGAGUGGAGCCCAGAGGCUGGGGGCCAGGUGGUCUGCGCCCCUGACGUCCGGCGGUGGGAGCGAGCCACCCCCGCCCGGCGCCUGCCAGGGCGCUGGUGGCCGAGGCCGGGGGUUGGGGGAGGGGUCUGUCUGCAGGCUGCAUUGGGAACAGGCCUGUGACCUUGGGGAAGGACAGGCUGAGGUUGUGGCGGCCGCGCCCGCCCCCGGCCAGCGCUUCCAACUGGACGGCGGCUCCUCGGCGUGCCCUGCGUCCCCUGGGUGUCCUGGACAUUGUUGUUUUUUGAAGAAACAGAAGAUUAUAUUUUUUACAGAGAGCAAGCUGUUUUUCUUAUUUUUGUAUCAUUUUUCAGAUGUAAUUUUUACCUUUGCUCCAAUCCUAAUUUGCUGGUUUGGGUGAAGCCCGGUGGCCUCGCUCGCGUCCUCCUUCUCGGGGGGCCACGGAGCCACACGCCACGGCCCAGGCCGUGCUCCCAGGGGGCCGCACUCCCAGGGGGCCGCGCCGACCAGCCUGAUGAAGCACACAGCCCGCGCGGCCGGUGAGGUCUGAGGGCACCCGUGGCGCCCGCCGCCCCGGUCUGCCUGGCGCUGGCGUUCACACGACCCCGCAGGCCGGCUUCUCGUCGGACCGAAGGCAGAGCCGCUCUGAGUCCUGGCUUUGGCUCCCACUGUGGGCGCAGGGGGACCAGCUCCCAUGGGCCUUGCAGAGGCCUCAGGCACCCCCGGGGACCCUCUCCCAGGGACCCUCCCUCGGUGCCUGAGGCGAGGGGGGACAGGCAGAUUCAGGGGACCCUCUGGGAGCCGCUCACACCCCUCCCUGGGGCUUGGCAUGGGGCUUGCCCUCCUCAGCAGAGCGGGUGGUUUGGUUCGAGUCCCUUCUGAGGUGAAAGGGAGAUGAAAACUGACCACGUGCGGAGCACGGCCCAGGGCGCUGGGUGGGGGUACGUGGCCCCCGGGGGCUCCCCGCUGCCUGGCAGAGAGAGCCCGGGGUUUCUAUCAAACUGUGUAAAUCUGGGCAGAUGUUUAAUUUCUAUGACUAAUCACUGAACUAGCGUGAAUGUUACAUUUUUAGGUCCAAAGCUCAAGUCUGUUUUGGAUCUGUAAGUAACCGUUCCUGCUGUCACUCUGUUCCACAGAAGGGUUGUACUGUGUGAAGAACUGAUGAAAAACCCUGUAACAGUUUUUUAAGAAAACUUUGUUUGUUUAAAGAAGUCUUGUAUAAAUUAUAAUUUUUAUUUAAAUAAA